CCAGUUUUUCUUUCGGCCAGUUUCGAUACAUCUCUCUCAGUGAACUUUUGACCGUCUGGUUUAGAUCUGCCAGACGGUUGUUUACGUCUGGAAACUGCUUAGUCAUUCAAACAGAUGGAAAACAGUGUUCAGUAGGAGAGACUCUGCCUGACUGCACAAGGGACCAGAACAAGACAGUGACACAGGAAUAUUCUUCCCGGCGACUGAACCUCAGAACCUGCACCACCAGCCCUGUGACCAAGGAACCAGCUGGACUACUGAGCCUCAGAACCUGGACCACCAGCCCUGUGACCAAGGAGCCAGCCGGACUACUGAGCCUCAGAACCUGGACCACCAGCCCUGUGACCAAGGAGCCAGCUGGACUACUGAGCCUCAGAACCUGGACCACCAGCCCUGUGACCAAGGAGCCAGCUGGACUACUGAGCCUAAAAACCUGGACCACCAGCCCUGUGACCAAGGAGCCAGCCGGACUACUGAGCCUCAAAACCUGGACCACCAGCCCUGUGACCAAGGAGCCAGCCGGACUACUGAGCCUCAGAACCUGGACCACCAGCCAUGUGACCAAGGAGCCAGCCGGACUACUGAGCCUCAGAACUUGGACAACCAGCCCUGUGACCAAGGAGCUGCUGGACUACUGACACAGCCACUGCACUGGCACCUCUAGAGCUGGCCCAUGUGUGGUGCACAGGAGACAAAGGGCUGAGCAGACGAGUGGAAAUGCCUGGUACAAAACUCACAGGAUUUUUCCAUCAGUGACCAACCAAGGAUGGAGAAGGACCAAAACCACAUGGCUGCAGUGAUAAUCGACCUUGCCCUGGAGAUCAACUCCUUGAUAACUGGAGAGGAUUACACAGUAGUGAAGAAGUCGUCUGAUGAGGGUGUGACCCCUCGUGUGUCAGGAGGACGGAAUAGGACCCAGAGCCCCAUCACCGAGCCUCCACCUCAUUCACUGAUACAUGAGCAGAAGAUCCUAAAACUUACCAACAGGAUCACUGACCUGCUGACUGGAGAGGUUCCUAUAAGGUUUCAGGAUGUCGCUGUCUAUUUCUCCAAGGAGGAGUGGGAGUAUUUAGAAGGACAUAAGGAUUUGUACAAGGACGGAAGCCACAUGGCUACAAGGAUAUUAGUCCUCUCCCGGGAAAUCAUCUCCUUGAUAACUGGAGAGGAUUACACAGUAGUGAAGAAGUUGUCUGGUAAGUUUGUGACAGCCCGUGUGUCAGGAGGAUGGAGCAUGACCCAGAGCCCCAUCACCGAGCCUCCACCUCAUUCACUGAUACAUGAGCAGAAGAUCCUAGAACUUACCAACAGGAUCACUGACCUGCUGACCGGAGAGGUUCCUAUAAGGUGUGAGGAUGUCGCUGUCUAUUUCUCCAUCGAGGAGUGGGAGUAUUUAGAAGAACACAAGGAUCUGUACACGGACGUCAUGAUGGAGAAUCACCAGCCCCUCACAUCACAGGAUGGAUCCAGUCAGAAAAAUCCACCAGAGAGGUGUCCCAGUCCUCUACAUUCCCAAGAGUGUCCAGAGGAGAAGCCAAAUGUCCCACUGGAUCAUCAGGAAAGUGAUGGAAGUGGAAGGACGAAUGGCCUGGAGAACCCCACAUCAGUGUCGGUGACUGGUGAAGACCGUACGAGAGGCUCCCGCGGCCAUGAUGUAGAAAAUAACCAAUCGCAGACUGGCAGGAAAAGAAGAGGACCUAGAGUGGAGAAUGCGUUUCCAUGUUCAGAAUGUGGGAAAUGCUUUAACUUUAAAUCGCAUCUUGUUGAACAUCAGAGAAGUCACACAGGAGAGAAACCUUACGCAUGUUCAGAAUGUGGAAAGUGUUACAGUCAGAAAUCCAAAGUCCUGAAACAUCUACAAUUUCACAUAGGGGAGAAGCCAUAUUCAUGUGCUGAAUGUGGGAAGUGUUUUACCCAGAAAUCAUGCCUGGUUAAACAUCAGAGAAUUCACACAGGGGAGAAGCCAUUUUCAUGUCUUGAAUGUGGGAGGUGUUUUACCCUCAAACCAAAUCUUCAGAAGCAUCUACGAACUCACACGGGGGAGAAGCCAUUUUCAUGUACAGAAUGUGGGAAAUGUUUUACUCAGAAAACACAUCUUGUGAGACAUCAGAGCAUUCACACAUAGAAGACAUUUUAAUUCUCAGAUUGUAGUCAAGUGGUGGGUGUGGAGGUCCAUCGUAGGACCUGCUGCCUCAGGACCGACCUACAGUACAAAAAAACCUAACCUAACACAGAGAUCCUGGACAAGGUCCCAGUGAUGGUUGUCUGUUAAUGGCUGGAAUCGUCUUCGAUUACUGUCCCUGGAACCAAAAACUGCAGUAUGGGGAGUAUCCAGGGUUUAUUUCAGGACCAUGUGAACGGUUGACUUUGAACCAUUUCUUUAAUGAACAAAGGAGCCUUAAAGUAAAUGUGUCACCAAAGACUUUUCCACCAGUUAAAACCAGAUAGCGACACAUUUUUUUUUCUAAUCUGUUUUUACUUUUUGAUAGCAGAUUUAUUUCUUCUGUUUCCUGAACCUUAUUAUGGGGGCGGCCAUCUUGAACAUGAUUAUGGGGUGGACAUCUUGCCUGAGCUGUUCUUAGCAUUUAGAAAGCAUUGACUUGUGUGGGAGAGUCUUCUAGGCAUGCUCUGUGACCUGUGCAGAG